GGUAAGGCUUCAGUGUGUUUUCUGUACCGACGUUUCACAAUCGCAAUAUUGACUGUUGAUUUUGUUGGGUAGGUCAUGGUGUUUAGUAGAUAACAGUGAACUUAUGACACCAUGAUUUCUGGAGGUUGCCAGAGAUGGAAGCCGAAUUCUUGCAUAAUCUCCCCUCCUAUAUUUAAGGGAAAAAAGAGGUAAACUAUGUAAGCAACAUAGCGUGCAAGAGUUUGUAUGUAUAUGUGAAUAUGUAUGUGUGUUUGUGUACACGUGUGUAUUUUCAAAGCUCUCCAGGUAAUAGUUCUUACCCUCUUAAGCUAGAAAAACUGAUAAUUACCCUUUGAUUUUCUGAUCCAGUUAACAUUCAUAGACCGAGCAGCUACCUUUCGAAGAGCCUCCAGAACCCCCACUUUCUGCCUUGAACAGAAGGGCCCCCUGGUUAUUUGCUGCCUCUCCUGAUUGCACAGUUCUGGGCAGUGUGCUAGUGGUGCUCUGGAGGGACAACUGGUAGGGAACUCUGCUGUGAUUGGGUUAUUAUACCCCUGCAUUGACAAGCAUCUGGGAGAGCCACAUAAAUUCAAAAGAGAGUGGUCCAGUGUAAUGCGGUGUGUAGCUGUCUUUGUUGGUAUAAAUCACGCCAGCGCUAAGGUGGAUUUUGAUAACAACAUACAGCUGUCUCUCACACUGGCUGCACUGUCCAUUGGCCUGUGGUGGACGUUCGACAGGUCUAGAAGUGGGUUUGGCCUUGGAGUGGGAAUUGCUUUCUUGGCAACCCUGGUCACUCAGCUGCUCGUCUACAAUGGUGUUUACCAAUACACAUCUCCAGAUUUUCUCUAUGUACGUUCUUGGUUACCCUGUAUUUUUUUUGCUGGAGGCAUAACAAUGGGAAACAUUGGUCGGCAGCUGGCACUGUAUGAAUGUAAAGUCAUCGCAGAAAAAUCUCAUCAGGAAUGAAGAAUGCAAAAAUAUAUCUUUUGAACAGAAAACGAGAUGAACAGGGCAUGUAAACGAUACGUACACCAACAGACUUUGGACUGUAAAAUUGCCAGGAUGCGGUUUUCCCCUCUAUUGAUAUAUAUAUAUAUACACAGAUAUAUAUAUAUAAGUAUAUUACUGCAAUCUGUGAUUGCUUCAUCUGUAAAUCAGUUAUAAACCUUUAUCUAUUUGAAUUAAAUAACUGUAAAAUACAUAUGCACUACAUUAAAAAACAUGUUGAUUAGUAGAUGAAAUUGUUAAAUUAAUUUUUUAAACAUACUGUACAUUGUAUCUCCCUGUUGAUGUGCCAAAAUGUCCUGUUAGUGUCAGGCAGAGCAUAGGAGGCUUUGAGUCAUCUAUAAAUGUAGGGAACUGAGAGGAAACCC